AUGGCCUUUGCCAUUGCCACGGGCGUCGCGGCGGUCACGCGCCUGCCAGCACCCUUCAGCCCGGUCUUCGUGCUGGUGGUGGCCCUUGCCCUGGCACUGGCCGCCCGGUACAUGUACAUCCGCGGCCUGGGGCACGGGGCGGCCGCCAUUACCGGCCUGGCAAGCCUCACCCUGGUGCAUGUGGGAUCGGCGGUGUCCAUGCGCGGCUACCCGGCGCAAGGGCUGACCUGGUGGAUCAGCGCCCUGGUGCUGGCCAUCUGCCUGAUUACGCUCUUCGGCCUGGGGGCCACAGCCGGCGCGGAUGCCGGGGCCGGGGCCAUAGGCCGCGCUCCGGGGGCCGGGUCCGGCCGGGUCAAGGUGGCGGACAUCAGCCACUUGCAUCCGGCUGGCGGGGCAUUGGCCCAGCUGGACGGCCUGCUGGGCUGGCGGGCGCUGGUGUGCCUGGCCGCCGGCGAUGCCCUUGGCCGGCUGAUGUGGCGCCUGCUGCCGGCCACGCCGAACCCCAUGCCCCUGCUUUUGGGGCUGACCUUUGUCGUGUGCGGCGGCCUGCUGGCGGUCUUCUGCUCGCUGGCGGCCGACCAGCUUGUCGGGCCGCCGCGCAUCGAUCGCACCGGGCCGACCCUGGUUCGUCGGACCCGGCUGGCGGCCGGGCUGGCGGUGGUUUUGGCGGUCGGCGCCGGCGCCGGCGUGGCCAUCCUCGCCCGAUUGAUUUACAUUCGCCUGGGCCGCCAACACCGCGGUCGCCAAGCCAUCCCCUCGCCCACGCGGUGGUUUGCCUUCGAGGCCCUGACCGCCGCCCUGGCGCUGGCCAUGAUGGUCGGGGUGGCCGUGGCGAUGGCCCUCCGCCGGCGUGACCGGGCGGCCGCCCGCGAGGAGGCCGAUCGCCAGCUGGCCGCCUUCGCCGGCCAGGCACCCGGAAACCCGGGCUUCGGUGCUGGCGCCCACCGCGCCCCUGCCGGAGGAGGCGGCCCAGCUUUGGCAUUUGGCCACCCGGCCAUGGGCGGCGGCGGCGGCGGCGGCGGCGGCGGCGGCGGGACCGGUGCCCCGGCAGGAGUGGCCGUUUCUCCGGGCAGCCGGCGCACCUCGGCCCCGGGCCCGGCCGCCGCCGCCCGCGGUGUCCGCUCGGCGGGGGCUGCCGAGGCCUAUGAAAUGGGCCCGCGCCGGACGUCCCACCCGGCGCCGCCCCUGGCGGCGGUCGCCCACGGCGAGGAGUACUCCAUACCAGCCAUCUACGAUGGCGGCCAUCCCUUGUCCCCUGUUUGA